UGAUAAGCCCUAUUUCAACAAACGGUGGCGUAUUCCUUUAACAAAGUGUACAAGACACAACAGGUGCUGUCAUUGAGGCGUCUUUCUGUUUGUGUUGCUGUCGUCGCACAACUGCUCAACUUUCAAAGGUGUGAAGUCACAAAAGGCAAACUCUAGGAUUUAUAGUUGUUAGCCAGUUAGCAAUUUGAGUAGAAGGUAAAUUGUGUUAAAUGCUGUACUAAAAUACACAUAAGUCAUCACAGUCAGCGGUGAGUAAGUUGGCUUUUAGUAGUGGUUUAGUAGUUUUUUAAUAGUUCAACAUUUUAGGAAAUACACAUUUAGCUUUCUCAGAAAGUAAGAUGAGAAGAUUAUCAAUUUAUCAAUCAAUUUAGGGCAUCGUUUUGGUUUUAUGGCCUGCAGCUCUCCGGUUUUGCUCACUUUCUCAGCUGUCAUUAACGUCGCUUUCAGCUGCAGCAGUAAAAGGUUGUAAGUAAACCACUACAUGCACAGCACCAAACAGCAGACAGACAAAGUUAGCGACUAGAUGAACAUAGUGGAGCAUUUAGCAGCUAAAGAGCCAAAAGAGAGAGCAGCUAGAGACCAAAAACAGCUAAAAGGAGAGUUAAUACUGAGCUAACACGACUCCCAAUAAAUUCUAAUCUUGCUUUGUAAGCAACUGCUUACACAUUCUGCACAAAAUGUCAAAAGUUCACACGGCAAUGUUGUGUUUACAGCUUGUAUUGCUGGCACCAAGUGGCAAAAAAAAAUUAAUUAAUGCUGCUGCAAUUCAAAGCUGGAGGCCAGACAUGUUUAGCUAGCUUAGCAAAAAGACUGGAAGCAGGGGGAAAACGGCUAACCAGGAAUGUAUAAAUGACAAUUUGAGGUAUUGGGGGGUUGCUGCUGUUUUUUAGCGAGUGUCGAAGGAUAUGGUUGGUGAGCACAGGGUAUGGUUUUGGACUGUGAGAAGCAGUGUGAUGAUGAGUUAUGUGUUUUGAAUAGUUCCAACACAUAACUCCCUCUAAAGAAAUGCAAUACUUUGAGCUUUAGUGUUGGUAGGUGUGCUUCUGAACACGCCACCAAGCUAGCCGAUUCCCUCUGCUUCACUCUUUAUGCUAAACUAGCCAAACGCGUUCGACAUGAGAUUAUUAUUGAUCUUUUCAUCUCACUCUCAGAAAGAAAGCACAUAAAAUGUUGAACUAAUUCUUAAACAUUGCUGGCAGUGGUGUGAGCAGAUCUUUACUGGGCUAAGAUAAAGCAGAAGAACAUUCUUUGUAUUUUAAAUCAUCUAUUUCAGGAAAACUACUCUUCUAUUCUUUAUAAAUACCACAUAGUCCAGUGAGGAACUCCUUUUAUACUCAGGAGCCUAGCUGUACUCCUGCGCUCACAGUAGUCAAGUCAAACUACAAACUACACUUUGUAGUGUGUGGAUAAUUAUAUGUGCAGGUUACUCUUCCACCACCCAGCAAACCUGUUGCUGCAUAAGUCACAUUACAGAAGUGAAUCAAAGACAUCACCUCACAUUUGCAAAGCCAAUCACGUGUGUGUCUGUGUCCAUCCGCCCACCAUUGCCAUCAGUGUCUCAAUGUGUUGUUUUUUUUCUAUAAUGAAGCACGAAUGUCAAGCCGUUGGUCAGGUUGCUCAGUUAGCUUUAACCUUGGUGGGAAAACUAUGGGAUGGUUGCUGUGGCAGAAUGCCCCAAACUGUUGUUACAUGGUGCUUGAAGGCUACAUGUUGUUGCUAUUUUUGUAUGUUGUUGCAUAUUUUCCAGACUUAGGAACUGUGGGAAAUAAUGACUGCUGCUGCAGGUCAAAUGACGUUGCAAGGUGCAAGCAACGCAGAAAGAUUUGAUUAUGUCAUGAACUUUCUGAAAAAAAUGGGUGGAAACGAGUAUGUGGGUUUCAGCAACGCCACAUUCCAGUCAGAGCGUGAGUCAGGAGACAGGAACUUUGCCAUCGGCUACUACCUGAAAGAAAAAAAGUGUUUUCCAGAGGGGACAGACAUGACAUCUGUACUGGACUUCUACUUCCAACUGUGUUCGAUUGAGGUGACCUGCGAGAGCGCCAGUGUCAUGGCAGCCACCCUGGCUAACGGUGGCAUCUGUCCAAUCACGGGCGAGCGUGUGCUGAACCCCGAGGCGGUGAGGAACACCUUGAGUCUGAUGCACUCCUGCGGCAUGUACGACUUCUCAGGACAGUUUGCUUUCCACGUCGGUCUGCCUGCCAAGUCUGGAGUAGCGGGGGGGAUCCUGCUGGUUGUACCCAACGUGAUGGGUAUUAUGUGCUGGUCACCUCCACUAGACAAGCUGGGCAACUCAGUCAGAGGAAUACAGUUCUGCACGGACCUCGUGGAGCGUUUCAACUUCCACAACUACGACAACCUGAGGCACUUUGCCAAGAAGCACGACCCUCGCAGAGAAGGAGGGGACCAGCGGGUCAAGUCUGUCAUCAACCUGCUGUUUGCUGCCUACACAGGAGACGUCUCUGCACUGAGGAGGUUUGCGCUGUCAUCCAUGGACAUGGAGCAGAGGGACUACGACUCUAGAACGGCCCUCCAUGUGGCAGCAGCUGAAGGACACACAGAGGUGGUGCGCUUCCUCCUGGAGGCCUGCAAGGUGAACCCAGUACCCAGAGACAGAUGGGGGAACACGCCGAUAGAAGAAGCGGUGCACUUUGGCCACCACGACGUGGUCACCAUCCUGCAGAAACACAAUGAGAAAUACAGCCCGCCCGCUGGGGCUGGCGACAAAGAGAGUGCUGAGAAGAACCUGGACAGCCUGCUGUAGACCUGCUGCACACAUCCAACAUACUUUAGGUGGACCAUUGUGCUUGAACAACUUUAUACAUUAGUGACCAUACUUUGGAUAUGUGUGGUGAAUUAGUUAUUGUUGCUGUGUCCCGUCUGGUGUGCUUUGCUUUGUGGCUGUACGUCGCUGCUCUACUUCAUAUCUCUCCCCUGCCUCUAUCAUAACGCUGUGUGUGUUGUGUGUGUGAGUGGGCGUCUUAUCAAUGCUGUUUAAACAAAUGAUACAAUAUCUGGACAUCUGUAAUGCAAUGCUUACGGUAUAUUACUCAUGUCAUGUGUCGGUCAGAGGUGGGAGACUCUAGUAACACGACAAACUUGAGGACUUGAGACUUGCUUGACUUACAUUGAUAAACGACUUGAGACUUGACUUAGACUUGAGACAGCUGACUCGAAAGGACUUUUUAUUAAUGUAAUAACAAUGUAAUAUUUGCUUUUUUCAAGCUAUUGAGAAGUUACGUUUUGUUUUUGAAACAUGACUGGGUGAUUUUUUUUUGUGGAAUGUCGGCAAACCUGGCAACCUUCCAGAGUGUGGCAGACCAGCAGAGGCCAACGCGGGAGGCAGGAGGGGCUAGUCUCGCAUUGGCCAGGCUCCAGGCAUUCCUGCAUAGGAGGAAAACGUGCUCUGGUUUAUUGGUAUUUCUGUAAACCAGUUACAAUCGUCUUGGGCGUCGCUAAGCGCCGGACGGAGCCACGGUGCCGCUGAAAAAUAGCCUCGGGAAG